AAAAAAAAGAAAAAGAGAAAAGAAAAGAAACUGGAGAGUUCAUUCCCUCACCCUCUCUCCAUCUCCCACGAUCCCACAUGUCCUCAACUCACGAACUUCAAAGUGAAAAAAGCCAUUCAGCCGGCGGCAUUUACCCAGAUGGCGCUCCCCACCCGCGCCCCACCGGGCGACUGGGGGAAGGGAAAAGGGAAAAGAGCAGCGCGAAGAAAAAGGGGAUUUCACAUGUCAGCCCGUCGCAUUCGCUUAUCAGAUGGGGCUAAGCGGGUGGAAAUUUUCCUUUUCUCUUUUGCCUUUUAUCUCUUUUGCGCCUGGAGCAGUUCGUCGUGUGUGCCGGGGAUAUCUGGAGCCAUCUGGAUAGUCGGGGAGUUGGCGCCCCACGGAAGGGCCGAUGUCCGAUGCUACAGCUGGAAUGGAAUGAUGGGGUUCAGAUCAGAUCAUAGGUACGGAGUAACUACUUAAUUCCCUAUCGGGAGCCCCCGGAAACCUUCUCAUGUCUUGUUGUGUGUGUGUGCUUACAUACGCCGUGGGCGAGACGAGCCGUGUCUUGGACCCCCGCAACUCAAACUCAUGUCUCAGCGUCUCCUGCGGAUAGCGACCUACG